AUGGCACCGAGUUCAGUUACAACUCCAGUUUUAGACGAAAAGACGUGUGUGAUCAACAAACCAAAAGACGAAGGGGUGGAAAGAGAAACAUGGGACACAAAGGUUGAGUUUCUUUUGUCGGUCAUAGGCUUCGCCGUCGAUUUAGGGAAUGUCUGGAGAUUUCCUUAUAUCUGCUACAGGAACGGAGGCGGAGCAUUCCUCAUUCCAUAUAUGGUCAUGCUGGUAUUCGGCGGAUUUCCGCUCUUCUACAUGGAGCUGGCGCUAGGCCAAUACCAAAGGUGCGGGUGCAUCACCGUGUGGAAGCGAAUAUGCCCUGUCCUCAAAGGUAUAGGAUUCUCAAUCUGCAUCAUCGCGACAUUCGUGUCCUGGUAUUACAACACCAUCAUCUCAUGGGCUCUGCUGUACAUGUUCCAAUCCAUGAGGUCCGAGGUACCCUGGGACUCCUGCGACCACGCAUGGAACACGCCGAAAUGCAUCAAUUUCGAAGAUCGAGCAAAUCUCUUUAAGAACAACAUAACAGAACGAAACUAUACCACGCCAAAUGAAGAAUUCUUUGAACGCGAGAUACUGGGUCUGAAGGAAGGGUACGAUAUCAAUAACCUUGGAGCCGUCAACUGGAAGCUGGCUCUGUGUUUGGCUGCAGUGUUUACCAUGGUGUACUUCGCCAUGUGGAAAGGAGUGAAAAGCUCCGGAAAGGCUGUGUGGAUAACAGCCACCAUGCCAUAUGUGGUGCUCACGAUCUUGUUGAUUCGAGGGGUCACGCUUGAUGGCGCCAGGGACGGCAUCGAGUACUUCAUCAUACCCAAGUUCGACAGACUCACAGACUUCGGGGUUUGGGUCGACGCUGCCGCACAGAUCUUCUUCUCCCUUGGUCCUGGCUUCGGGGUUCUUAUGGCCUUAUCAAGUUACAACAAGUUUAGCAAUAACUGCUUUAGGGAUGCGCUGAUCACGAGCGCUAUCAAUAGUGGCACGAGCUUGCUGGCGGGCUUUGCGGUCUUCUCUGUCCUUGGCCAUAUGGCGUACACGCAGAACACCAACGUCGACAACGUGGCGAGAGACGACGUGGGCCUGAUCUUUAUAGUCUACCCCGAGGCCAUCAGCAAGCUAAAGUUCUCCAGCUUCUGGGCGGUCCUUUUCUUCUUCAUGUUGAUCACGCUUGGUCUCGAUACCACGUUUGGAGGAUUGGAGGCCAUUGUGACGGGUGUCAUUGACGAGUGGCCGCAUCUGAGGAAGCGUCGAGAGUUGUUCGUGCUGGGACUGAUGCUGUACUGUUUUCUAGGAGGUCUGGCUACAACAACAUACGGCGGGAUCUAUCUGGUUCAACUAUUUGACACGUACGGCGCCCCGAUAUCCAUUCUCUUCAUCGUCAGCCUUGAAUGCGUGGCAGUGUCAUGGAUAUACGGUGCUUCACGGUUCCAGUCGGACAUAGAGUCCAUGCUCGGGCCCCAUCCACGCUGUUACUGGGUCUUCUGGAAAACCUGCUGGAUAGUAAUCUCGCCACUGAUAAUCAUGAUAGUGUUCAUCAUGUCCCUGGUUUUCUCGCGUGUGCCCGAAUACGGAAAGUACGAGUAUCCGGUCUGGUCUAUCGUGAUUGGCUGGCUCAUCGUCUCUUCUUCUCUCAUCUGUAUCCCGGUUUACGCUGUCUACAAGUUCCUGGUGACAUCGGGAACCAUACCAGAACGACUUCGAAGAAUCACAAUCCCGGAAGAGGUUCCCAAGCACACACUAGAAUUGCGCGUGUUCGUCUAAAUAGAAAUAGCACAGCUAAUGUUUUAACCCAUUUAUGCCUAGCGUCUAGAAAAAAG